AGUUAUCCGUGACGCUAGCCUAUCAGCUUGUUAGGCACGCUUCUCUGUGAUUGGAUACUGCUUCCCCUUAUAAGAGGUUGUUCCUGCCCCCAACGGCGGAAGAGGAACCAACGUUGAGGGUGGCGGACCUUGUCAGGUCCGGUUCGCUGUACGUAAUAAAGUUUGAGAGCUGAUCCUGCUCGAGUUUGGUCUCCUGUCUCCCGCGGCUCCGGUCAUCUGGUGGCCCGUACGGGGAAAAAGGUAAAAGACUCAGCGACGUGCCUCUUCGGCCGGGAGGUGCGAUUGCUGUCGCCUGCGGUACGACGGAGGACCUGGCCCAAUAACAACGGAAGGCCGCGAGCACCUCUUCUCUUCAUCCUGAUCAGCUACGUGAGAUACAGCGGUUCCCGGGACAGGUGAGUACUGGGUCACCUGGGUUGGGUGGACGCACCUAACAGAUUUUGAGCGCCACACGAGUGGACGCCGUUUUUUUUUUUUUUUUUCUUUUCUUUUCCCUUUGCAUCUGUUUUGCUUUCGCUUCGCUAAUACAGCCCGACAGGCUUUUGAUAGAGCUCGAUCGGAAUGCUCAGAGGAGCCCGGAGCCACUGCCGAUUGUGGGUCUCCAGAGGACCCUCAGGGCUCUAAUUCUGAUUCGGAUUCGGAAGGCUCAGAAGAGGAGGUCGUCUUUGCUAAGCAUGACCCUCCUACACCGUUAAAAGAGGAACUUAGGGCUCAGGAAGAUAAAAAGGGGAACCAAACACCACCCUGCCCGAGCUACUCCGCCUUACGGGAAGAGCUUAAGCCCUUCCGCCCUUUGGCAAGUUCGCGACCCAUGGUCGCUCCCUUCAGGGCGCCAGGCCCCACUGCACCACCGUGGCCGGAAGAGGAGUUGCUCCCUGGGCUGCCACCACAACCUAUGGCACCGCCCUGGUUAGAGGGAGAGCUACUUCCUGGGUUGCCUUCUGCGCCCCCAUCUGGGGAGGGAGGAGGACGUUCCUUCCACCAGAGGGUAUGGUCGAGGCUUCCCUUUGAGUGUUCCGGUCUCCAUGCAUUCCCGGUACAAGUAGGAGGCAGGGGAGGAGGAGGAUAUUAUGAGCCCUUAGAAAUUAAACAACUUAAAGCUAUCAAGGACGCAGUUUCAGCUUAUGGGCCCAAUGCGCCAUUUACCAUGGCGCUUUUAGAGGCAUUGGCAGGUCUGCUUUUAACUCCUGGAGAUUGGACCCAGCUGGCACGCGCCUGCCUCUCCCCCGGACAAUAUUUAGAUUGGAAGUCCUGGAAUGAGGAAUUCUGUGUAGAGCAGGCGGCAGCCAACAGGGAAAAUAACCAGAGAGAGUGGAACAGGGAUAUGCUAUUAGGGCGAGGAGCCUUUGAAGAAGAUCAAACUCAAUACCCUCGCCAGGUUUAUGAACAAAUUAGCCGCUGUGGCCUCCAGGCCUGGAGACGGCUGGCUGGAAAGGGAGAACAUACGGGUCACCUUACAAAAAUUAUACAAGGGCAGGGAGAGCCAUUUUCAGACUUUGUGGCCCACAUGCUUGAGGCCGCUAACAGGAUUUUUCCAGAUGCUGAGGCGGCUCACCCUCUCAUAAAACAAUUGAUUUUUGAACAGUGCACUAAGGAGUGCUGUGAUGUCCUAAGAACUAACAAAAAUAGGUCCUUAGAAGAGUGGACACGCCUGUGCCGUGAAUUGGGUGGCCACGGCCUAACGCCCAAAGGAAGAAUAUCAUUGGCACUCUUUACCAUAAAUUUUUAAAAUCUUAAUCACAAUAAUCAUUCCCCUGCCAUGGAGCACAAUAACCCGUCCCCGGCCGACAAAGGGCUGGUGAGAUGGAAAGAUGUCCUUACAGGACAAUGGAUGGGCCCGGAUCCAGUGGUUAGUUGGACCCGAGGUGCGGUUUGUGUCUUCCCACAGGAACCAGGCUGCGAACCGCUGUGGGUCCCGGAAAGAUUGACGUGAGCAGUAAACUCCCCACCAGUUCCUGAUAAAGCACAGGAAGAUAAGCCCGCGGACACAAGUCAACUCGACCCUUCUGGGACCGACGCUCAGCGCCCGAGACCAUCUACAAACUAAAAUGUCUGGUUUGGAGCUUUUUCUAUUCUGUGGGUUCCUAUUAAUCACCCCUGUGAUAUGCUCAGAUUCCACAGAACCACCACAAUAUCUUUGGGGUCCUUGGCACCACCCGCCCACAUUGGCACCUUUUUCGGCGGCCUCGCCCGCCUCACCCAGGGUUUACACCAUCAAUCAAACAGUCCUUGAUUAUGCUAAUUGCCAUGGCUAUCCUAGUAGGGCUUGUGGUUAUUAAAUGCUUGUUAGAUCGCCUCAUACAAACUCAGCAGCAGGUUAAGAUCACAGCUAUGGCAGCCAUGCAAAUGGCAGCAGGUGGCCCAUCAGGCCAGCAGGCCGCCGCAUAUCUCCUUCACAUUGCAGAACAUCAGCUAUAAGAGCUGAGUGGGCAAGCCAAUGACGGGCUCCACUCAGAUAUAUAUGGCCUAUAAGGCCAGGGGUCCCUCCCGGAGUCAAAUUAUUGGCAUUGAGAUGCGAGACCAAGGGUACUGCAGUGCCAUCCGCCCCAAAGGUUGGGGGGAAGGCAGGAAUGAAUGUCUAUAUGCAUCCAGGUUCGGUUCACAAAAGCCUGGCCCUGCGAAAAAAUGAACCACUCACCUUGAGCAUGGUCCUGGCGCAAGGAUAUGCACAAAACAGGGUGAUGCACAGCAGGGUAUAGACCUCUACAUUCUCUCAUGCCUCGGCCUACAAGGUAGGCCCACUCCUAGGUGUCUAACAGCAACAAGGUCAUAGACACCUUGGAGGGACCUACAGACCAUCCUAUUUUAAUAAAUAAAAAAGGGGGAGAUGUGGGAAGCCGCCUAUGAUGGCGCCCAUUUCCUGCUUCCGGGUUCUUCCCGGCCUAAACAAGCCCGCCAAAUUGUCAUAUCUGCCCAGUUACCCGUGACGCUAGCCUAUCAGCUUGUUAGGCGCGCUUCUCUGUGAUUGGAUACUGCUUCCCCUUAUAAGAGGUUGUUCCUGCCCCCAACGGCGGAAGAGGAACCAACGUUGAGGGUGGCGGACCUUGUCAGGUCCGGUUCGCUGUACGUAAUAAAGUUUGAGAGCUGA